CAAUAACUGAUAUAUAUAUAUAAUUCUUUGUUUUAAAUAUAACGUAAAAUGGAAAUUUACUAAACGUAGUUUUUUUUUCUAUAGUAAUAAUAUUCAUGUAAACAAAGGACUUAUACUUUUCCAAUAUGGCACUUUGAUAUAUCAAUCUGUCCUCUUGUCAUUUUUUCUCUCAUAUGUGCGCGACUUACGGGCAACAAACAUCGUAUUGAAGGUGGGUCUGGUGAACAAAAACGCAGGCCCCAUACGCACUCGAACCUCUGCCCUCCUGAAUGCUAGACCGCGUGCUUAGCCGUUAAGCCAUAUCAGACCACGGAGGAAGUGACUUCAAUAUUUCCUUACACCAAUUAAUCACUCAUAAUACUAAUGAGUAAUAGGACUUACACACUUCUGAGGUGCAAACCAAUUCGUUACUUGGAUGAAUUGACGAAAUAUUGCUUCAAUAUAUCAUGCAUACCUAAAUCAAACAAGAAAAGGGUAUUUGACACAACCGUACUUGAUCCGCAUACUCUACACAAUUUUUUUUGCUUCUUAACCGUAUAUUCUUUUCCGUUUUGUGGAGUAUUCUGAUGCACCCUUGGGGCAACGCUCCUAGGGUAUCGUCCACUGAUGGGGGUUGCGAGCACUUGAAGGUCAAACUGUCGCAAAAUGAUUGGUGCGUCACAUCGACAAUUCGUGAAAAUUUUCAGAAGCGGUCAAAUCAAGACAUUUUUGGAUUUGAAUUGAGUUCAGCUACACUAUGUCUGAUAACGUUCAUUCUUCAAGUAACGAAGACGAUUCCAUCGUGAUGAUGCAUGAUAUAGGCCGAAUCUUCAAUGAUAUUAUGUUAUCUCGAAGAUUUACAAGUUGGGACAAUUUUGAGACCUGUUUGAAAGAAGUACAUAAGUAUACGCAUACUAAGUACGUUAUGUCAGUAUGCAAAAAGAACAGUGAUGAUCCAACUCUAAAGUACUUUUCCGUGAGAUAUGUCUGUACAUAUGGACGUAAACGCAGUUCGUCAGAGUCAGAUGCUUGCGUUCAGGAUGUAGAUGAUGAUAGUAAUAAUCAUUCUUCUGAAGAGCAUACAACUUCUAACUCGCCAACACAACCUAGGCAAAGGAGACGACGUCGGUCAUCUACGUAUGCCUUACUUCAAAUGAAUUUAUCCUUCAGGUCGAAAUAUUGCCACUGUAAAUCAGGAUUUUGGGUCCGGGCACUGAAUGGUGAGCUGAAAGUCACCUCUAUUAAAACCGUGCACAACCAUCCUUGCACAGAAGGAUAUAUUUCUGUCGAUCCAUCGAAACGACAGUUGACCUCAAGUGAACGCUUGUAUUUAAGAACGUUUCUACUGAGUAAUACACCAACUCGUAGCUUACGGUAUCUGGUUUCUUUGAAGUUCAAUAAACAACUUACCAAGGACGAUAUCGCCAGAAUGCGUUCACAGUUGUACCCAGACACUAAAAAUAUCAAUAACAUUUUACAGCGCAUUCAAGGUAAUACUGAAGUUAAAGUAUUCUAUGAAAAUGGGAACAUGUCUAUGAUUUGCUUCAGCCGCAGAGAGCAAAUAGCUGUUUACCACGCGUUCCCGGAAGUAAUAUGUAUUGAUUCGACUUAUCAGACCAAUAAAGUCGGCUUUCCACUGUUCCAGCUAGUGGUCACUGAUAGUCUUGGGCAAGGGCACACUGUUAUGUAUGCUCUUUGCAGUCAAGAACGACGCGAAGAUAUAGAAAAACUAUUGGAAUGUUUUAAAGAGAUAAUGUGCGGUACUUAUGCUACACGCACGUUCAUUAUGGAUUCGGCAGCGACCGAAAUUUCGGCUGUGCAGUCUACGCACAGUCAUUCUAACAUAAUACUUUGUUCAUUCCAUGUCCUAAGAGCGUUUUUCAGGAAGUUCCGAAAUCCUGAUGUGCGCAAAUGCUUGGAACAGCUUGUGAAGACUAGACGGUCUGAUAUAUUUACUCGAAAGUACGAACAUCUAAGAACGCAUUUUCCACGGGCGUAUGAUUACAUAAAAGAUUACUGGAUUGCUAGGAAGUCAAUGUGGGCUCGCUGUUACCGGCGACAUGUAUUAAGCCUGGGCAACCAAACAAACAACCGUGUUGAAAGUGCUCAUAAACACUUAAAAGAAUGUCUCAGAAGAGGUGAUUCCCUAUUAUUGACGUUCUGGAAAAUUUGGAGUAAAACAGACAUUGAUGUACGUUUGCGUCCUUAUGACGCUGUGAAGGAUCUUCAACGUUUUCCUAUUCUUCAGGUUCCAAUGUCAUUUCGAACUCUUCUAAAUGAGUUCACAUCUUUUGCAGCUAAAAUUGUAGCUGUAAAUUAUAAACGUGUUCGGACAAUGAGACACGAAUUUAUAGAAGGAGAAUACAUCCGGUGCUACGACAAGGGUAUGAUGUAUGUUGUUGAUACUUCACGUGCACGAUGUGCUUGUGAGCGUCUCAAUGACUACAUGCUGCCCUGUGGUCAUAUUUUGUAUGCACAUUCUAAAGAUCUGAUUCGCGGAGACUUAUUUCGACAUAGCAACCGGUGGACAAGAAAAUACAUAAUGGACCUGGUUCUUCGUGCGCUGGACAACAUCUCAAUCUCUACAGGGAGUGAUGAUCUGCUAGAGAAGUUCACUAGCAACUACCACUCAAUCCAUGCUCUUAGUGAACCUAUGGCAAGUAAACUCAUCCGUUCAUGCCUCGAAGCAUCGGAAGACAUAUGUGCACAGUUGAUGAGUUCAGUCGGUGCUAAUGAUGAAGCUGCAACGUCAGAAUCCAUUGUUAAUGCAGACCAUAGUUAUGCUUCUUGAUAACAAGAAGUUCUAAUAUUGUAAUCUUUUUAGUUUUACAUAAAUUCAUUUAUAUGGCGA